CAGACUACAGAUGACAGCAAACGAAUAUGUCCAGGUCUGCAAAAGAAACGGCAUUUAGACGUAACCUUAUCUUUUUAGGACUUCUCACUCGCCUUAUCCAUUACGAUAAAGGUUUCCAGUUUCUUAAUGGUCGAGGUGCUUGAACCAAACUCAGGCUUUAUCCAUCCCGAGAGAACAGGCUACAUUUCAAAAGACCUUUCUACAGACCUUGUUCAAGAAUAAUGGCCGUCCAGGGACCGUCUUCCACAGACCAAGACAACGACUGGUACUCCCAUCUUUAUUCAUCAGCAGCACCCCAUAUUUACAGUAAUCGUCAUUUUUCAGUUCUCUCUCACAAUAGCACUUCGCAUUUGCAUUCUUCGGUCCCAGCAGAGGGCAACAACGAUGUCUUCUCCCUCGUUCUCUACGCUGUUCUCUCUGUUCUGGGUACCACUGUGAACAUCUUUGAAAUCAGCUCCCUUAUUAUUCAAGAAAACUUACGCCAUCACGGCAAUGUCUUCUUGGCUAAUCAAGCAUUAUCCAAUCUGUUAAUAACAACACUAGGGUUCCCAGCCUCUUGCAUAGCAAUCCUUUCCAAUACUCAUCAUAAUCCUUUCGUCUGUUACUGGCAAUGGUACAUAGCACUCCUGUCGUUUUCAACAUCCAGCCUCAAUUACUUUUUCAUAGCUUUCGAAAAUCUACUCAGGGCUUAUCGUAAGCGCCGCAAUAGAAACAACACAAAUGGUGGAGCUUACUCCUGCUGCUGUGGUGUCAAUGUCGUCGUCUUCUGUGUAUUCCUUACCUGGAUAGCUGCUGGCUUUUGGAUAUUAGUUCUUGUGUUUUAUGAAAAGAAACACGAUAUUUGCACCAGAAAGUACGGAUAUAAUCUUACUUUCUUGCUUAUUCUAGCCCCCCUAGCUCUGAGUGUUCUCACUUUUCUUUGGACUGUCCGUCGCUACAAAAAACAUCUGAAGGAGCUCGAAUCUCGCCAAUGUCUUGAAAGCCGAGAAGAAAGCAUGCAGAGGCAAUUGUUCAAAAGCAAUGCCUUGGCUUUUCUACUAUUCCUCUGCUUUUGGAUGCCGUUUAUUGUAUCAAUCACAACAUCGCCAUCUUUCUCGGAAAAAGAGAACGGCAAAUACACAACUCCACCACCAACCACAUCUAAUUAUUCCAAACUCGAGUACAUAAACAGCCCUGCUGAUAGCAUUGAAACUCUAUUUGGAGUUGCUCAGUCUUACAGCUGCUUCUGUAGUUUGAUAUAUGCGUUUACCAAUGGUACCUUUGGGCAGGCAUUUAUGUAUUUGACAAGGUACUUCUGCUGUAAAUCCCACCCGGAAUUCUCCAAAAGUACCUUUCAAGAAAAGCCCAGAGGUACAGUUCGAGUGCAUAUAGGCAUGGAAACACGCGUAGGGGAACGUAGCACUCGAGCAAAUAAACUGAUGUCUGUUGUGAUGCAUGACAGUCCAAGAGGAAAUCAUUAUCUUUAAAAGUGGUGACUUUGCACCACUGACAGCGUGCUCUUGCUUAGUCGUCUUUACUUUUCUAUAUAUUCAUAUUCAACAUUAUUUAUAUAAACAUCAAAACCCAAAAAUGAUGGUUGAAAAUCUACUAUUUUUAAAUCGAUGCUAUAUGGAACCGAGGGUUUCCGCACAAGGUGUUACAAACAUUUUUAAACCAUUUAAGACUAGUUGAUGAAUUGUAGAUGGAUAGUUAAGUUAUAGAGUUACUGGAAAGUUAGAGGAUUUCUUCAGUCAGAAAUAUUUAACAAUGCUAUGUACGCUUGAUAUCAUAUCAUAUCACUUAUCACGAGUAUUCGGAAAAAUUGCUCCUCUCUGUGAAGUGCCCUUAAGAGAUUCAUUCUCUGAAAUCUUCGAACAGAGACCUAUCACACCCGAAUUAAAAAGAAUCUCCUGUACUGCAUCAAUUUUAUCACUGAUUAAUCGAAAGAAGAAAAAAUAGCACAUUGGAACUUGAAGGCCCUUACACUAAGUUUAGUUCUAAAUAAAUUUAAUUAAUUAUAUUAUGUCUAACUUAUAAUUCUGAAAAUAUUUAGAAUAAUAGUUCAAAUGAGCUGAGAUUUUACGUUCAAGUCAUGGAAAAUGCAUUCAAUGAUUUUAUGAAAAAUCAUGUUGACUUCACAAAGUGAAGAAAUGCAUCAUCGUGUUCCAUUGAUUUGUUUGCUUCGUAGGUAAAUAAAAUUUUUAAUAUGUCUAAUGACAAAAUCAAAACAAAUUUUCUUACCAGAAGAUUCAGAUGCACUCAGAGAAAAUAUUUAUUGAAUGAAUUUAAUUUAAUACAUAUUUCAAUAUUACCUGCAAGUACAAAGUUUUAUCUAAAAAAUGGCCAAGGCGUUGCUUCAAUGAUCCAGUAAUUAAACAGGAUUUUUUUUCAUAAAAUUAUUCUUCACUUAAAUCAUUAAUAAAAUACAAUCUCAGAAUUUUUAUCAGUGUAAUAAUUAAUGGAGACCACAAGGAAAAGUAACAACAUCUAAUUAACAUACUGAGUGCUUCUCCAUUUUUAAACAGGAGUUAAAACAUCUGAUUUUCUAUUUCAUAUGAGGAGACAAGCAAAAUAUGAAUUUUGUCAUUAUUUAAUUUAGAGAAAACUUUCAUUUGUUUACUAAAAUUUCAUUUGAU